AUGAAGAACCUAUCUACGUCUAACUAUGGGACUGGGCAACAAAGUAAGCGCCUCGCUUGCGAUAGGUGCCGUACCCAGAAGCUCAAAUGUGUUCGUUCAGAGCUAUCUGAGACCUGCCAGCGCUGUGACAAGGCUAGGGCGAAGUGUAAUUUUGGGCUCCCACUUCCUCCCGGGCGACCUCUAGCUACAGGGGCCCUUUCUGGUGAAAAUGUCCUAAGAGAGACUCCGGGCCCUACUAUAACGUCUCUGCAACAGGCAGAACUUAAUUAUUCCAGAUCAUCGCUUGUCUAUGAACAGAAUCACUCGAGUGACAAAAAUGGAACGAUAUCUGCUGCUGGGAAGCAUCGCUCACUCGACCCUUUUAGCCAUGAGAUAGGACCGUCUCAAGCAACCAACCUUGACAGUGAAAAUUUAUUCAAUGAGAUAUACGACCAUGCCGAUACAGCGGAACUGGAUCCUGCCAUCUUCGGGACGUGCUCAACUGCUAGUCCCACCACCGACAACUCAUCGCCGUGGCGAGGUAUGGAACAGCACAACGAUGGUAGCGGGGAAUUAAUGAACUUCUCUAAUAAUGAAUACUCGGGCCGAAGAUCUUCAACUCACAGCCAGAGACUGGACAUGCUUCUUCACUCGGCGACAGACCAAAGGCAUAAUAAUGAGCGUGCUCUAGACACCCAUAAGCCAGGCUUACAUAGAAAUAUAUCAAAUAUGGGCAGAUUGGAAAGCGAAGCUGUGGGUAGCCAGAUCUCCUUGAUGCAGAGGCUGACCGAGUUGGGUAGCGUCAUGUAUAAGAUUCAGAGCACAUAUUGCCCAGAGGAGCAUGGCGGUCGGCCUGUUGCCGUCUCCGAAACAUUUCCAACAGAGCUUGCAGGAAAGGUGCUGCAAUCGGCUAUAGAGUUCCUCCAGUUUCUUCGACACUUUUUUUUAGAGGAACAGUAUCCACCUUCAAGGAGCGGUUCGCUCAUUCACCACCAUGACCUGUCCAUGAACGAUAUUGGUGGUACAAAAGACAUGGGCUACCAUCGUGUGUCUAAUUCCUACUCGAUGUUUUUCGAAAAAAAGCCUUGGUCCCAAAGUGUCCAGCCGUCGCCACGAUCAUCCGAUAAAAAGUCGUCCAAUCGCGUACGCGCUGUCGACAAACCAGCCAUACUGCAGCUUAUUGCAAAUUAUAUAAGACUACUGCAGUUGUAUCUCCUGCUCUAUAAUGCGGUAUAUGAAUAUACCCAUCUUAUGGAGCUAGACCUUCGCCCCAUCCAACCCAUUUGGAGCGAUUUAAAUAUUGGUGGUGCAUCACUAUGCCAAUUCGCCGACCUCCAAAUAAGAUUCGUACUACAGAUAGCGGCUCGCUUACUAGAGGAGGUAGAAGGUUUAUUAGGUCUCUCAGAUGGUUGUCGGGUUAGCAAGAAGGCGACAGGUGAGGGAAGUGGGAUAUUGGGAGCAAAUGUCACCUCUCGUUUCGUCGAGAUGUGUAUGUCUGACGCGACUACGAGUACUGACCAAGAUCGAGGUGUUAUUACGCGACUGCGGGAUCUCAUGCACUGUAUGACGAGCAUGCUCGAUACUCCCACCCGCUCUUAA